AUGGCUGUUGACUCCCACGUCCAGUUUCCGUCGGCAUCGCAGCUCGUGCCGACAUUAAGCACACUCUCUAAUCACCUAGAGGCUGCCGAGAGCUCAAAGCAAUCAGACGACGCUGCAUCCGUUGAGUCUGGUUAUGGCUCAGGUCCCUCGUCCGCAUCUUCGUCCACUGCACGACUCCCCCGUGUGAGCCUGACCUCGGAACACUUGCGCCAUCUGAACAAGCAACUGGAGAGCAUGGAGCCGAUGGACGUCCUUCGCUUCAUCAAGAUUUUCUUCCCCAGGCUGUAUCAGACUACAGCGUUUGGUUUGACUGGCCUGGUGACAAUUGACAUGCUGUCCAAACUGGAGCAGGAAGGCCAAAGCAACAACUCGCAACGCAUCGAUCUUAUAUUCCUGGACACGCUAUACCAUUUCCAAGAGACCUACGACCUGGUUGACCGCGUUCGUGCCCGGUACCCAGGCUCGACAAUCCACACCUUCAAGCCGGAUGGCUUCGAGACGGCUGCCGAGUUCGAGGCCACGUACGGCCGCCUGUACGAGGUGUCGGAGGAGAUGUAUGAUUACCUGGCCAAGGUGGAACCGCAAGAGCGUGCGUACGACCGCCUGGACGUUGUGGCCGUACUGACCGGCCGUCGUCGCUCGCAAGGCGGCCAGCGUGGCCAGCUCGAUAUCAUCGAGGUGGACGGCGAGCGUGGCAUCUUCAAGAUCAACCCAUUGGCCAACUGGUCCUUCGGCCAGGUCCAAGCGUAUGUCCGAGAACACAAUGUUCCCUACAACGCAUUGCUGGACCGCGGCUACAAAUCCAUCGGCGACUGGCAUUCAACCGUUCCCGUAGGCGAGGGUGAAGAUGAGCGUGCUGGUCGCUGGAAGGGCCGCGACAAGACUGAAUGCGGCAUCCACAACAAGCAAUCCAGAUACAACAAGUUUCUUGCAGAGCCUGUUGUGAAGGCCAGCUUGGUGCUAUCAGCUAAACCCGCCGCAGACCUGGUUGCAUAA